GGGCGGGAGGCGUUGCGUGGGGCCUGGCCUGGUAGAGAUGGGCUCCAGCGAGUGGGAGGUUAGGAGCAGGAGGAUCCCUCCUGGGGCAAAGGGGCUCUGGCUCUCCCCUACUGUGCGACCGCCCAGGAGCAGAGGAGAAGCAGCCCUCAUAGUGGCACCAUGCACCCAUAUGUGUCUCCCACUACUGCUUGGCCCCCUUGGAGAUGGGCCUGAUCCAGUAGGCUGAAGUGGGGAACUACCUACGUAUGUUUCGUGGCUCCUUGUACAAGAGGUAUCCCUCCCUCUGGAGGCGACUAGCCACAGUAGAAGAGAGGAAGAAAAUAGUUGCAUCUUCGCAUGAGUCUCAGCGGAGUCACAGCCCCAGAAGAUAUCACGGUUAUACGACACUAGCCACUAGUGUGACUCUCUUGAAAGCCUCUGAAGUGGAAGAGAUCUUGGAUGGAAAUGAUGAGAAAUACAAGGCAGUGUCUAUCAGCACAGAGCCUCCCACCUACCUCAGAGAGCAGAAGGCAAAAAGGAAUAACCAGUGGGUGCCAACCCUACCCAACAGCUCUCAUCACCUCGAUGCUGUGCCAUGCUCAACAACCAUCAACAGAAACCGCAUGGGCAGGGAUAAGAAGAGAACCUUCCCUCUCUGCUUUGAUGACCAUGACCCAGCAGUAAUCCAUGAGAAUGCAUCCCAGCCAGAGGUUCUGGUUCCAAUCCGAUUGGACAUGGAAAUCGAUGGGCAGAAACUCAGAGAUGCUUUUACGUGGAACAUGAAUGAAAAGCUAAUGACCCCAGAAAUGUUCUCAGAGAUACUCUGUGAUGACCUGGAUUUGAAUCCUCUGACCUUUGUUCCUGCCAUUGCCUCUGCAAUUCGACAACAGAUUGAGUCUUAUCCAACUGACAGUAUCCUAGAGGACCAGUCAGAUCAACGAGUUAUUAUUAAGCUAAAUAUCCACGUGGGGAACAUUUCCCUGGUAGACCAGUUUGAAUGGGACAUGUCGGAGAAGGAGAACUCCCCGGAGAAGUUUGCACUGAAGCUGUGUUCAGAGCUUGGGCUGGGUGGGGAAUUUGUCACCACCAUUGCUUACAGCAUUCGGGGACAACUGAGCUGGCAUCAGAAGACUUAUGCCUUCAGUGAGAACCCUCUGCCAACCGUAGAGAUUGCCAUUCGCAACACAGGUGAUGCUGACCAGUGGUGCCCUCUGCUCGAAACCCUAACGGACGCGGAGAUGGAGAAGAAGAUCAGAGACCAAGACAGAAACACAAGGCGCAUGAGACGUUUGGCCAACACUGCUCCAGCCUGGUAACCCUCCCUGACGUGACAGUGGUGCUCAUCCUCCGGACUGUCUCCACUCCUCUCCCCCAAAAGGACCUAGGAUUGGCAGGGGUUUGUCUUGAAUCUUUUUGGCCCAGAAUGAGGACACACAUUCCACUUGCCAAGCAGUUCAGAGUACUGCUGACUCCCGCCUCUGCCACCACCUUAAUGCCAUGUGCCGAGAAUGUUGCAUUUGCACGUUAUCCAUCAGAGAUCUGUGGCAGCUGUCAGAGCCCCUCAUGUACCUGUGUGUGGACUGAGUAAAGGUUUGUGGGGGGUUUGGUAUAGGUGCAAGGUGCACUGUUAUGACAACUUUUGAAAUAAAAGGAAUGCAUAAUGGUUGGUUUGA